AUGAGCUCCCAGCAGUCGCGGGAGGAGGCUUUUCUAGACUCAGGGCUGGGCCUCUGGGACCUUCAGCUCCGGUGCCGCCUGCGCUGCUGCAGGGAAGGCGGGACCCGCCACAUUCCUCUCAAGGAGAUGCUGGCUGUACAGUUGCAUACGCAGCACAUGAGAACAGAUGUCAUCAUCGUGAAGAACGGAAGAAGAAUCUGCGGCACCGGAGGUUGUUCAGCCAGUGCGCUUCUGCAUCAGAACGAAAGCUCCUUUGAGUUCAAAAUUCAGUCUGCUGGAAUCUGGGGUAUAGGUGUUGCAACUCAGAAAGUUAACUUGAAUCACUUUCCUCUUGGCGGAGACAUGCAUAGACUGGUGAUGAGAAAUGAUGGAGCCCUGAACCACAACAACGAAGAAAAAAACAGACUGCCAGCAAACAGCCUUCCUCAGGAGGGAGAUGUAGUGGGUAUUACAUAUGACCAUGUAGAAUUAAAUGUGUAUUUAAAUGGGAAAAACAUGCAUUGUCCAGCAUCAGGUAUACGAGGGACAGUGUAUCCAGUUGUGUAUGUUGAUGACAGUGCAAUUUUGGAUUGCCAGUUCAGUGAAUUUUAUCAUACUCCUCCACCUGGUUUUGAAAAAAUAUUGUUUGAGCAGCAGAUCUUCUGAAU